CGCUCUCUGAAUCAUCCCGCUUCUCCUCCACACUCUGUUCUCUCCAUCUCACCUCCCCUCCUCCACCUGCUGAACAGGAACAUCUGAGCUACACCCAGCUGUGUGAAACACUAUGGAUAUUUCCAUCCAGCACCCCUGGUUCAGACGAGCCCUGGGCUCCGUCUACCCCGCCCGACUCUUUGACCAGUUCUUCGGAGAGGGCAUGUUUGACUACGACUUCUUCCCCUACACCACCUCCACCAUCAGCCCUUACUACAGACAGUCCCUGUUCCGGAGCUUCUUGGAUUCCUCAAACUCCGGCACCUCUGAGGUGAGGUCUGAGAGGGAUAAGUACACCGUGUACCUGGACGUCAAACACUUCUCUCCUGAUGAGCUCAGUGUGAAGGUGACCGGGGACUACGUGGAGAUCCAGGGCAAGCAUGGAGAGAGACAGGAUGACCACGGAUACAUCUCUCGUGAGUUCCACCGCCGCUACCGCCUCCCCUCCAGUGUGGACCAAUCAGCAUUCAGCUGCAGCCUGUCAGCUGACGGGCUGCUGACCCUCUGCGGGCCAAAGGUCAGCGGGGGGAGCGAAUCCGGCCGCAGCGAGCGCACCAUCCCGGUCACCCGCGACGACAAGACCAACUCUGCUGCGUCCUCCUAGAUGAUGAGUGUGGGGGCCACAGCCUGCAUCCACAGAACCCCCUCCCUUCUUCUGCCCCCCCUCCCUCAGAGGAUAUCUGUGUCCUCCUGGCUUCACUCUCUCCUCUGUCUUGGCGCUCUCGCCCAGUAUAUUUAGUAUCAUCGUUUAGAGCUUUACAAAAACCUCCCCAUAAGGGUGCUUAUUUGCGGGGGGGCUAGAGUUGGGGGGGGGGGGGGUGCAUGUCACACAUCUUGUCCCAGAAUUUCCAUCAGUAAGCCCUGGCUGCUCCAUUCUUGUGCUGACUCUUAGAACCCCCCCCCCCCCUCUUUUAUUGAAUAUAUCCUGUACUGUAGUCUAGCCUUGUUCAAUGGAUACCUGCUCACUGAUAUGAGAAGUCCAUAAACAUACAAUAAAGCUGUAUACGUCACAAAGGUA